UAAACACUCGUGUCAAUACAAAUCCAGCAUGGCGGCGGUAGGGGCGAUGUUGUGUGCCUUGGUAUUUGUGACAGUUUUACAGAGAUCCUAUGGCAUAAGUUACCAACAACCAGAGCAGAUACACUUGUCAUAUGGCCGUGACCCCACCCAGAUGAUAGUGACUUGGAGCACCCUCAACUCCACUAACACUUCUGUCGUCAAAUAUGGCCUGAGUCCAGCCACUGUCAACCAGCAGGCCACUGGUUACAGCACCCACUUUGUGGAUGGAGGGACGGAGCACAGGGCCCAGUACAUACACAGAGUCGUCAUCACUGGGCUUACUCCGGGACAGAAAUACUAUUAUCACUGUGGGAGUUACUAUGGCUGGAGCGAUAUGUUCAACUUUACCGCCAUGCCCAAAGGGAAUAACUGGAGUCCACGUCUGGUCAUGUUCGGUGACAUGGGCAACUCUAACGCCCAGUCUCUGCCCCGACUUCAGAGAGAGGUGGACAUGUAUGAUACUGUGUUACAUGUAGGAGACUUGGCCUAUGACUUGGAUGCGAACAACAGUCGAAUUGGAGAUGCCUUUAUGGGACAGAUUCAGAGCAUCGCUGGUUAUCUCCCUUACAUGACCUGCCCUGGCAACCAUGAAAACAAGUACAACUUCUCCAACUACAAGAACCGAUUCACCAUGCCGUUUGAUGAGCAGUCUGAGCACAUGUUCUACAGUUUUGACAUGGGACCUGCCCACAUAAUCUCGCUUAGCACUGAGUAUUACUACUAUCUAGAGUACGGGUUUGGGCAGUUACUGAUGCAGUACGAAUGGUUGGAAGAGGACCUCAAGAAAGCGAAUCUGCCGGAGAACCGAGCUAAGCGACCAUGGAUCAUCACAAUGGGACACAGACCCAUGUACUGCUCCAACACUGAUAAAGAUGACUGCACAAGGAAUGAAAGUUUGGUGAGGGUAGGCAUCCCUUUUAUCCAUGUCGGUGGACUUGAGAAUAUGUUUGACAAGUACGGCGUUGACGUGGCAUUGUGGGCUCACGAACACUCAUAUGAACGACUGUGGCCUGUCUACAACAGAAAGGUGUACAACGGCAGCUAUGAGCACCCAUACACCAACCCAGGGGCCCCCAUCCACAUCAUCACAGGGUCAGCGGGGUGCAAAGAAAGGCUUGACAAGUUUGUCAAGAACCCGAAUCCUUGGUCAGCUUUUCAUGACUCCGACUAUGGCUACACUCGUAUGACCAUACACAACCACACCCACAUUGACUUCCAACAGGUGUCCGAUGACAAGAACGGGAAGAUCAUCGACAGCUUUACUCUAAUAAAGGACAAACACGAACCAUAUGGCCUGGGCAAUGCCUAAGCAGACGUCAGCCAUCAACCCUCAAUACAGCUGGUAAUUGUUAUCCAUGUGUUGUUAUGUACUUAAUCUGGGUGAAGUUUGGAUGGAAUGGAUGAUGAUGGAUCCCCAUGAGGACACGGCGGAAUAGGUCAAAGUUGCAUAUUUUCUGUCAGAACCAAUCAUAAUGAGGGUAGCGUUGCUGACUGUGUAUCGUUAAGAUUGAAUUAUUGCUCUUGCUGUCAACCACUGGUCUGCCCACAUUCUUCAUGAUGGUCACUUUGACAUAAGCAGCGUUUGAAAUAACUGCUUGCCUUACCGCCUGGAAUGGAUUAUUUUCAACAUGGACUGCCAGAUUCUCAAAUUCACCUGCGCAACGGUCGGGUUAAAAUUUACACAUAUAUAUGAAGAUAUUUUGUGGGCAGGUAAGUUUUGGUCAGGGCUGGCAAGUUUUACAUCUAACCAGCCCUGUGGUCUGGCUGAAAGUGUUAGUGUCAAUGUGUGUGAUGGUGGCCAUGCUUUUUGCCAGGUCAGUGUGUCCCCUUGGUUGGGAUACAAUAUAUCAACAAAUUUGCUUCCGUAAUUUUAUACUGCAAAAAUAUUGUCAUGCUGGUUAUUUUGUACAUGGAAGAUUAGGAUCUAUAUGGGUAGGGUAUAUCACAAAA